AUGAAGGUGUUCGGUGCCACCGCUCUCCUGGCCGUUGCCGCCGCCGCUCCCUCCAACAGUUACGCCCCGAAGCAGGCGUACUCUCAUGGUCCGAGAUACCACCAGCCGUCCUACAAGGAGCCGGACCACUACGACACGCCCUACCAGUUUGAUUACGCCCACGUCAAGUACGUCGCUGACCGCGACGGCCACGGAGGCUACAACGCCGAGGUGACCUACUCUGGAGAGCCCCACUACGAGGAGCACAAGCCCAGCUACCACCCGGCCCCGGCCUACAAGCUCAUCACCAUCAUCUGCGGGCUCAUCACCGCCGCCCUCCUGGCCGUGGCCGCCGCCGCUCAUGCGAAGAGCUAUGCCCCGAAGCCGGCGUACUCCCAUGGCCCGAGCUACCACCAGCCGUCAUACAAUGAGACGGACCACUAA